CAAAACUACCUCUCUGUCUCCAUCCUCAUCCAAAAUUCUUUUCCUCCUAGAAAAUUGAAUCCAAAAUUCCAGAAUAAAACCCUCAGGAGGAGGAGAAGAAUUCCGAGAUCAAUAGCGCGGCCAUGGAUGCCUUCGCUCUCAAUCCCACGAGCGGAGGGCUCGUCUUGGGGGCAGCGACGAAGAGGCUGGAGAAGAGGCUGCUGGCCGUGAGGCAGAACGCCGGAUGGAGGCUUCUUGGCGGCGAAGAGGAGGCCCCGGUCUUCGGCGGAGGGUUCGAGAUGAGAGUUUCGGCGAGGGGGGCCGUGAGGUUGUCGUCCUUGGGGAAUCGGUCUUUUGUGGUGAGGGCCUCGGGCAAGAAGAAGGACCAUGAUAAUCCCUCCUCUUCCGCAGGAAAUGAUGAUCCAUCAAUUCCUGGGGGAGAUGCUGAAUCAAAAUCCAGUGACUCCACCCACAAGUCCCAUUAUACAUUGUCUGAGUGGCGAGAUUUCAGAGCAAAACUUGUGCAUGAUGAGCAGUUGCAGUUGGUGGAUCCUGAUGCUCUUGCGAAAGAUACAGCCUCAUCCCGGCAGCUUGGUCUAAAAUGGGCACACCCACUUUCCAUGCUGGAAACUGGGUGUCUGUUAGUUGCAACGGAGAAGCUCGAUGGAUUAAGCAGCUUUGACAGAACUGUUGUCCUCCUCCUCCGGUUAGGAAGCAGAGACCCCAGAGAGGGCCCCUUUGGAGUCAUUCUCAACCGCCCCCUCGACAGGAAGAUCAAGCAUAUGAAGCCAUCCAAUCCUGACCUCGCAACCACCUUUGCAGAUUGCUCGCUUCACUUUGGGGGCCCCCUAGAUGCUAGCAUUUUCUUGCUGAAGACCAGUGGAAAUUCAUCAGUACAAGGCUUUGAACAGGUGAUCCCAGGCAUUUGCUUUGGUGCCAGGCACAGCUUAAAUGAAGCUGCAGCACUCAUCAAGAAAGGGUUGCUUGGACCCCAGGAUUUCAGAUUCUUCGUUGGGUAUUCUGGGUGGCAGUUCGAUCAGUUGCAAGAGGAGAUCAGGUUGGGUUACUGGGUUGUUGCUGCAUGUAGCUCGCAUUUGAUUAAUGAGGCGUUGGCAGGUUCUUCAUCAAAUCUGUGGGAGGAGAUUUUGCAGCUGAUGGGGGGGCAGUAUUCAGAAUUGAGUAGGAAGCCGAAGCAGGAUAGCUUUUGAAGAAGGUUGCAUGAGAUGCCAUCCAGUGCAAAUACUGGAAUCAUUUGUACAGCAGGUGCUUACAAACUGAACUUUAUAGGACUAAUUAUUUUCUUCCCUAAAGUUUUAGGAUUAGUUUCUUGUACGUAAUUUCUCAUUUUUAUAUGAUAAAGGCACUUUCCGGAAGUAAUUUUGCAGAAUGAUUGAUGGUAGCAUUUCAGUUUAAUUUGUGAA